AUGGACUUUCAUUAGUAGGACAGCGAUUUAUAAACAUCUAAACCUACCAAUCAUAUGACAUCAAAAUUGGUUUCUUAAGGUUUAGGUGUAUAAGAACAAAGUGAUUAUAGCUAUUCAUCACAACAAUUGUGUUCUAGUGAGCAAAAUAGUGACAGGAACAUCCAUUUAAAUAUGAGUUCAUUUAAAAAAGUUAGUAAAAGCUCUGCUGAUCUCUAGAACUUGACUCUAAAACAUGCAUAUAUUUGUGCACAUUAUAAUUUCUUAGGUAAUUGCCCCUAAGAACAUUGCAAGAAGAGGCAUAUCUUUAUUUCCAAAGAAGAUGGACUGAGCGAUCUCAUAUCAGAUAAUAUUGAUCUAAUAGAUAACCUAACUAGAAGCGGAAAGAAACUCAGAUUGCAGCAAUCUACCUAUAAAACUUAACUAAUAUAAUAUAGAAAAUGCAAAUCCAAUAACAAUGAAAUUUCUGACAAAUAUGAAUCCAAAUUCUCAGAUUAAGAAUAAAUAAUGUUCAGAGAUUUUCCAAUGGAAAGUUUGUGGAAGAUGAAUGAUCUAUCAUUUUUAGCAACUCAAAUCAAAUCUCAGCCUGAUCUCAAUACUGAGUCCUAGAGUAAAUCAAACAAUCAUUUGAUAAAACCAAAGCCAAGAGUGAAUUAUAAAUAAGUUGCUGAAAUAUUAGAGAAUUCUAUAUCUCCUGUCUCAAUUUCCUCUGAAAUUAAGAAGAAUCUCAUGUCUAAACUCAAAACAGACAUUGAGAGAAUGCAAGAAAAAAUUAAAAUUAUCACAAUGUUAAAAAAGUGGAUGAAUGAUAAAUAAGUUGAUUUCGAAGAAUACAUAACCUUAAACUCUUCCCUCUCAUAAGUACAAUAGAUACAUUAUUCUAAUUUCCUCAGACUUACAAAUAUGUCAAUUCCAAAUUAAGUAAGUAUCAACUAAUAGUUUCAAAAUAUCUAAAACAUUUUUUAAUGAGUUAUUUAUUAUCAUGAGUUAUGUGAAUAAAAAUUCAAUAAA